AUGCCCGAGGGCCCGGGGGGGGGGGGGGGGGGAGAGGCUGUGGCGGGAAGAAAGACCGCGAAUUUUCUCUCCGACAGCAGCAAGAAGGGCAACGGCGUAAAAACCCAAGCACAGGGGAGCGGGAAACACAAACACGGGGUAAACGAGUUGUGUCUGGAAGAAAAGCGGGGGAAGAAGGUGCAGCUCCAGCUCCAGCUCCGGCUCCGGCUACAGCUACAGCUACUCAACGCCCUCGAGCAAUUCGCGCACAUCUACUACAUCUAUAUCUCUACAUCUAUGUCUCUCCAUCUAUGUCUCCAUCUCCAUCUGCCGGAUCGCACGUUGAUUGCUGAUUGGCCGCUGAUUGGCCGCCGCCAAAAGCCUCAACGUGUUCUUUUCUCGUCUUGCCAAGGCUUCUGGAAUACGGUGGAAGGUCUGGGCGCCGAGAUCCUGCUUUGUCAGCAUCUAGCCGCAGACAUAGAUAUUAGAGCACACAAGAAACACAACGGGGGAGAUCGGGGAUAUUGGGGGAAGGACCUGCAGGGACAGGGCAGGGCAAAGGUGUUCAAACAAGGCGAGGACAGGGGCGCGGGAGGGGACGAGGUCUCCAAGACGUAG